GAACGCCAAAGUCCAACCCAAACCCACAGCCCAGCACCAUCAAAUUGCCAUGUCUGGAGCCCAAGGCGCACAGCCCAAGGGAGCUUUCACGGCGACCACGUACAGGUCGGCGGCAGCUCCCGACGGCGCGGAGGAGUGCCAGCAGCAGCAGUCGCCAAGGACAGAGCUACGGUCGAGCAAGGACGAGCAUGGGUUACCGGUGAAGAUGCUCGAGGAGAAGGUCGAGGACGCCUCUGGGAAGGGCGGCCCGGUGUUCGGCGCCGGCGCGGAGGACGGCAAGCCGGACCUGGGCGUCACAGGCACCGGCGGAGGCUAACUGCUAAGCUAGUUGUUACAUGGCGUGCUUUGCGCAGCACAUGUAUUGAAGCAUAAACUGUGAUGUACUCGUAGUAUGUAACUUCCAAGGAGUGGAAUAAGAUACCCAGACCAGAAUAAAAAGAAAAAGGAUUGAAUUCCAA